AUGGGGGACUGGAACUUCCUUGGGGGCAUUUUGGAGGAGGUGCACAUCCACUCCACUAUGGUGGGAAAGAUCUGGCUCACCAUCCUGUUCAUCUUUCGCAUGCUGGUCCUCGGGGUGGCAGCGGAGGACGUGUGGAACGACGAGCAGGCCGACUUCAUAUGCAACACUGAGCAGCCCGGGUGCAGAAACGUGUGCUAUGACCUCGCUUUCCCAAUCUCUCUCAUCCGCUACUGGGUGCUGCAGGUCAUCUUUGUGUCUUCCCCCUCCCUGGUUUACAUGGGUCACGCGCUCUACAGGCUCCGGGCGCUGGAGAAGGCCCGGCAGAAGAAGAAGGCGCUGCUGCGGAGGGAGCUGGAGCUGGUCGAUGUGGAGUUGGCAGAGGCCAGGAAGAGGAUCGAGCGGGAGAUGAAACAGCUCGAUCAGGGGAAGCUCAACAAAGCUCCUCUCAGUGGCUCCCUGCUGCGCACGUACGUGGCUCACGUUGUUACUCGCUCUGUGGUUGAAGUGGCCUUCAUGACGGGCCAGUAUCUCCUGUACGGCUUUCACCUCUACCCGCUCUUUAAAUGUGAGCGGGAUCCUUGUCCCAAUGCUGUGGACUGUUACGUUUCCAGACCAACAGAGAAAAGUGUCUUCAUGGUGUUCAUGCAGUGCAUCGCUGCCAUCUCCCUCUUCCUCAACAUCCUGGAGAUCGUGCACCUGGGCUACAAGAACAUUAAAAAGGCCAUCCUGGACUUCUACCCUCACUUGAGAGAAGACAGGGAUGAGCUCGAUGACUACUAUGUCAACAGGUAUAAAAAGGAAUCUGUUGUGCAGAUGGGCACUUGUGCAGGCCGCAAGGCAACGAUCGCCUCCGCACCCAGUGACUACAACCUCCUGAUGGAGAGGAUGCAGGGCACCGUCAUGUACCCAAACCUUAUCAAACCUUCAACUUUUCUACCUCUUCAGGGCGAGCAGGCCGCUCAGCAGGACUCAGAUGAUUGCAGAGGUUCAGCUCAAAGCCCCCCAGGGCCUAUCUGUACCUCGACUACCAAUGAGUCGUGCUCUCCGUGCUGCGACUCUGUGAUUAAUCCAACACAGGGGGGUAAGGACUUUUCACAUCUGCCCCCACACAGUGAGGAGGAGAGCAGUGAGGGAGGAGGCCCAGACUCUCCGAAGUGCCCACAGAUGGCAGCUCACGCCUCCUUCUUCCCGACGCUGCCAGUGAGCGCGUCGAGGAAACCGUCGAAGGCUCAGGGCUCGUUGAAAUGCUUCACGGUGCUGGAGAGUAAAAGCUCUGACACAGAUUCAUACGGCGGCACAAAGGCCAGCAGCAGACCUCCCUCCACUCUGUCAAAAACAGAGGACAAACAUCAGAGCCGAGCCUCCACCCCAGAGUCACUGAAUGACUCCAGCUCAGGAUCGAGCCACGACCAGAGACCUCCGUCCUCCAACUGUAAAACAUCACUGGCAAGUAACACGAGCAGCAAGCGAGCUCCAGAUCUGCACAUCUGA